GACACAUGCUUCCAAUGAUUGGGAGCGCACAGUCCUUCAUUAUUUCCACAGUCUGUCCUCUGACACAGUGGAGGCAACAUGGAGCUGUGGGGCUUGCUGCUGCUCGCUCUGCUCACCAAUACUUUGGCUUCAGAUGAGUCCUGCAUGGGUCGCUGUGAGAGUGGUUUUGACUCCCAGAAGAAGUGCCAGUGUGACUCCAUGUGCAAGUAUUACAAAAGCUGCUGCUCUGACUUUGAAGCCAUCUGUGGUAUGAUAACUCGUGGUGACACCUUCGAGUUUGCCGAAGAUGAUGAUUAUGAUGAGCUGUCUGUAGGCACCACUCCACUCCCACGCCGCCCAGCACUCAACCAGCUGAAGCCCACACAGCUUCACAUGCCGGACUUCGGUCACAGCGCCCAGCAGCACCUGGAGACCACGCUUGAAAUGACCAGACCGACCCAACGGAGGGUUCCUGACAGGCUGCGGGCAAGUGUGGCACACACAGACACCCACACACUCGAGGACCCCAUCACGACUAAUGCGGCAGCUGAGGCGACCACCGUUCCCAUCGCAACAGCCACCACUGUUCCUGUCACAACAGCCACCACCAUAGCGCCUGACCCAGAUGCUGAGGUCUGCAGCGGGAGGCCUUUUGAUGCUUUCAUGCAGUUCAAAAACGGCUCCAUCUAUGCCUUCAGAGGGGACUACUUCUUUGAACUGGACCAGAAGUCAGUGAUUCCUGGUUAUCCCAAGCUCAUUAAGGAUGUGUGGGGCAUCACCGGGCCUAUUGAUGCUGCAUUCACCCGCAUCAACUGUCAGGGGAAGACCUACAUCUUUAAGGGAAACAAGUACUGGAGGUUUGACAAUGGCAUGCUGGAGGAUGACUAUCCUCGAGAUAUCAGCGUUGGCUUUGACAGGAUUCCCGAUCAUGUGGACGCAGCGUUUGCCCUUCCUGCUCACAGUCACCACGGAAAAGAAAAGGUUUAUUUUUUCAAAGGUGACCAGUAUUAUGUGUAUGAGUUUCUGCACCAGCCAUCUCAUGAGGAGUGCAUCAAAAUGUCUGAGAGCUCUCCGUCCACUCCCUUCAGGCGCUACACUGAUGUGUACUACAGCAACUACGAGCGUUUCUUCAGCGAGCUCUUCUCUGACAUGCCUCAGCAUCAUGGCAAUCACCACUUCAUUAACAAGGACUGGAAGGGCCUCAGGUCUCCAGUGGAUGCUGCCAUUGCAGGCAGAAUCUACAUCAGUCCUUGGAGGUCAACACGACGCCGCUACAACUACCAGCAAGGACAGCAGUGGGGUCAAAGGAGACAAAGCCGUUCACCCACCUGGAUAUCCUUUGCUGAGCAGGGGAUGAACAUGGGGCAGGAAUUUGCUGAAAGGGGGAUGGAACUGGGUCUGCGACUGGCAGAGAGAAGGAUGGAGAUGGAGGAGAGGCUGGGAAGAGGCUGGGACAGACGAUGGGAUCGAGACUGGGACCAGGACAGACGAUGGGAUCGAGACUGGGACCAGGAUAGGCGGAGAGAUCGUUACGGCCAGAACAACAGAGGCAACUAUGACUCCAGAGAUGACCGAUACCGUUACGACUUCCAAAGAGAUAUACCCAUACAGACCGUUUAUUUCUUCAAAGGAGAUAAAUACUACAGAGUGGACCUCAGGACAAAGAGAGUUGAUCCCGCUGUUCCUCCAUACCCCAGAUCUAUCGCCAAGUACUGGCUCGGCUGUUCAGACCCCACAGGAGCAGAGAAGUAGUUUCCAGUAUUUUAAGUUUUAAUCAUGGU